AAGAAGCUUGCGACGUCUGUCGUCGUAAACAACGUCAAGAUGUCUGAAUGAGCAGCUUAUGGCUUAGCCUGAAAGCUAACAACUUGGUUUUCUUUUUAGUUUGCUUUUGCUUUUGUUUCGUUUGGCGACUUGGACAUAGUAUUAGAUGGGGACCAAGAGCCUACCAUGAAACUCCGGGUGCAGAAUGACAGGAGUGAUUCCAGAAGAGCAGUGAAACUGAGGGAGCCUCCUACUGUAAUGCAGCCUAAUUCAAGUGAGCAGGACGCUCAUGCAGGAAAUGGUUUAUCGCUAACUCUGCAACCAGAGCUUCUCACCAGGACACCAGCCCCUGGUGCAGCUGCCGCUAACCCUGAGAGCAAUGAGGUGCGGGUACCCAUGACAAGCGGGCCUGGGGAGUCCAGUGGAGGCACAUCAUCCAGAAGGUCCAGAGUCAGCUCCCACAGCCACUCACAUUCACACGGGCAUAAUCGGGCGCAGCAUCACUCGGAGUCUGAGCUUGACCCGCCUGACUCUGAUCUGGACUCAGGAGAACCCAGCGCCUCCUUGUCUGAGCUUCGCUGUGUCUUCCGCUGGCUCCAAAAGAGUCUUCCUUUCCUUGUCAUACUGUGUGCUAAACUAGUCAUCCAACAUGCUCUUGGUCUAGCAGUUGGGGUUGGGCUCUUCACAACUUUUUUAUAUGUGAAUAAAAACAUUCAAACUCAAGUCUUUCUUCAGGAUCAUCACUCAAAGCUGCAUUGUGUAUGGCUGCUACUCUUCCUGAUCUCUUCCACCCUUCUGCUUUACUACACUUUUCUCACUGAGACACUUUACCACUGCCUCAUCUUCCUCAGCCCAACCAUUGAGCUGCUGGGUUUCUGGGAGGUUCUAUGGGCAGUCGGCAUCACCAACUUCAUAAUAAAGUUCCUCUUUAUGGGGAUUAAGUGCCUUAUUCUGCUGUUGCCAUCUUCACUGGUGACCUACAGAACCCAGGGGAGGUGGCUGAUGCUGAGCGAGGAGCUGGGUCAGGUGCACCAGGCGAUGGCUCCAGUUUCACUGUGGUUCCGUUACCUGGUCACCUACCAGGAGGCUGACGGCACUCCUGGACUCACCCUAGGGGUCCUGCUGGCUUUGCUCUACCUCAUACUGAAGCUAUUAGGAUUGUACGGACAGUGGACAUCUUUACUUAAAACUGUGAGGAUAUUUCUGAAGGGCGAGCAUACAGGCACAGCGGCCACUAGGAGUCAGUGCAGCGAGGCCGGAGACAUCUGCCCCAUCUGUCAGGGAGAGUAUAGGGAACCUCGGGCUCUUCUCUGUCAGCAUAUAUUCUGUGAUGAAUGCAUCGCUCUGUGGUUUAACCGGGAGAAGAGCUGCCCUCUCUGCCGCACUGUGAUCACAGAAAAAGUCUAUAAAUGGAGGGACGGAGCCACAUCUCCACACCUGCAGAUUUACUGAUCAAUAUAAGGCACAGGUUGGGAGCUUUUGGUAUUAGCUUGUAUUUAAUGUGAUUUUCUUUGGUUGUCAACCCCCACUGACAAUGUUGUACACACUGUUUGUCCAUCAGCUAAGGGCUGUGCCUGCUGCGGGCCGAGGUCAGUAAGGGCACACAACUUGCACCUACAGUAGGCGUGUUUCUGGCUUUUUUUUUUUUAAACCAGUAAAUCCCUACUUGUCACGGACACAACUGAAAGUUGAUUAUUUUCAUGCGCUCAAGUGUUGUUUGAUUUUUCUGUUUAAGUUCUUUCCUUUUGUGUUGCUUUCAUUUACCUUUAGUCUUAAUAUAAACUUUCCUUAUUGGGCAGCAAAUUGGUCUCCUUCCACUGUUUGCUACUUGUAAAUUUGGGAAUAUAAGAGAAAUAUAUAUAAAGUUUUUUAAACAGAUUUGUCUUCUAUCAUAUGUUUGAACAAACAUGCAACACAUGAACCUUGUAUUAUCCAGUGUUUUAUAAAUUUGUGGAUGCAACCUUUGAUUUGUAACAACAAAUGUGUAGAGGUAGGCAGCUGCAUACCUCUGCUCAGGAGUACUUUUUGCUUUAGAUGCAUCUUUCAGCUUGAACUGAUUAAAGUAAAUGUGAGACUGGAGGGCUGGCAACUAGCACACUGCAGAGGCUCUUAGGAAGCCAAGUGCACAAUGUGAUAUGGUCCAGUAAUGACCAGGACAUAGAAUCUGUUUGUGAUGGAGAAAAAGUUUGCCUUUUGCUUUCAGCUUUUGGUGACUCUUUGUACGACUGGUAAAAAGGAUGCAACUAAGCUUGUAAGAUUGAUUUACACAAAUUAUUUUUCUAUAGAGGUGACUUAGCCUCAUUUUUGUAAAAACCAAAGACUGGGAGAAACAUCUAUUUUAUAAUGUACAAAAAUCAUUUCACUGUUAUAUUUAUCCAUUUA